GGCGCUCUCGUUCUGUCCUGACCGCCUAAUAGAGAAGCUUUAUUUUCUUUCGAUAGUGAAAACACCAGCGAAGAACGGAAGCGAAAUAACGGGAAGAAGAACUCAGACUGUGCGCUUCUGUUCAGAAACCCGGCAACCAUGGGAGCGGUUCUGGGGGCAUUUUCUUUCGCAAGCUGGGUGCCGUGCCUGUGCAGCAGUGCUACGUGCCUGAUGUGUAGCUGCUGUCCGAGCAUCAGAAACUCCACGGUGACCAGGAUCAUCUAUGCCUUUAUAAUGCUGAUAGGCACCAUCGUUGCCUGCAUCAUGCUGUCACCGGGUGUGGAUCGGCAGCUCAAAAGGAUCCCAGGCUUUUGUGAGGAUGGGGCAGGUUCGUCUGUCCGUGGUCUACAGGCGGAUGUCAAGUGUGAGAUGUUUGUGGGGUACCAAGCAGUUUACCGUAUAUGCUUUGGAAUGAGUAUGUGGUUCUUGGGGUUCUCCGUUCUCAUGAUAAACAUAAAGAACAGCAGAGAUCCACGUGCUGCUAUCCACAAUGGGGAGUCUCAACCUCAUUCAGGUCUACUACAGUCUUCUUUCAUCACCUUGUACACUAUGUUUCUAACCUGGUCUGCCAUGACCAAUGAGCCUGAGCGGGAAUGCAACCCCAGCCUGUUGAGUAUCUUCCAGCAGAUCGCAGCCCCGACCCCGGGCCCUACAGAGACCGAGAACCAGACAGCCACCAUGGCAAUGAUUACCACAAUCACUGGGACAGAAAAACCUGCCUUUACAUCUCCAUACCUGCAGUGGUGGGAUGCUCAGAGCGUUGUGGGCCUCAUUAUAUUUAUCUUGUGCAUCCUGUAUUCCAGCAUUCGUUCAUCCAGCAACAGCCAGGUCAACAAGCUAACUAUGGCAUCCAAAGAUUCAGUCAUCCUCGCUGAGGGGGGCAGCACAGCAGAACUGUCAGAGGAGUCGACAGGGCCCAGACGGGUGGAGGACAAUGAGCGGGACAUGGUCCAGUACAGCUACUCCUUUUUUCAUUUCAUGCUUUUCUUGGCCUCACUGUACAUCAUGAUGACCCUCACUAACUGGUACAGGUCAGUGGCUCCCUUCUCUUUUAGCACAACAUCUAAAGUGUAG